AUGGCUACCGCAGGGAACUUGGCCCUCAAUGACGGUGCUGGCCUUUACCCAGCCCUCGAGGGUGCUGCCGGAGAUGAUCCGACUCAAAUGGAUAGUGCCAGCUACUACCUAGGCCCCGAGGGUGCUACCGGAGAUGAUCCGGCUCGGAUGGGUAGUGCAAGCUAUGAUCCAGCCCCCGAGGGUGGGGUCGCUUUAGAGGCUAGCGUACCUGAUGACAAGGUUUUGGGUUCUGCUGAUGUCACUGAAUUGGUCCCUCCUGAAUCGUUGCAAGUUGCUCCAGGUGGUGAUCCUUUGCCGAGCCAUCAGCUGAUCUCUCACGAUUUGGGAGUCCCUUCCUUCUUUUCCAACUUCCAGGCGCUGGUCGAUGAGAUGUCUAGUCGGCUAAGGUUGCAGGGUGCUUCCGUCCCGGAAGGAGCUUUGUCUCUGGCGCGUUGGAAUCCGGUGCUGCUUCAGCGGCGUGUUUCUGACUUAGAGGCGGCAAAUGCUGAUAUGACUCGGCAAUAUUCUGCUCUUGAGGAAAAACGCUCUCAAGAUCAAGCUGAACUGGUCCGGCGGUGUUCUGAUCUUGAGGAAAAGUAUUCCCAAAGUCAGACAGAGCUGGCCCAGGUCUCUGCUUCUCUGAAUGACACCAACACGCUGAACUCUACUCUCCGCGCUCAGCUUGACUCUGAGAAGCUGACCUCUGAUUCUUGCUUGCAGGAAGAAAAACAUGCCCUUGUUACUUCUCGUGACAAUCUUGACAGGCUAUAUCGUGACUCUAGCAACUCGUUGACCAUCUUGGAGAGGAGUCAUCGCUUCACCAGGGAGGAGUUAGACAAUCUUCGUUAUAAGCUGCAGGAAUCCUUGGAUGAUGUGAUUCGCCUCAGGGAGUUGAUAUCGGCCAAAGAUGUUGUCAUCAAGAAUCUGCGUGCUUCCAAGAAAUCUGUCGCCCAGGAGCUAGAGACCGCUCAGUUGGCUGUCAAGGUUGCUGAAGAGACUUCCGCUACUCUGAGGGCCCAGCGCGAUAAAGCUAUGGAUAAAGCUAUUCGCGCGGGGCGGAUUCUGAUAAGGAGACCUAGUGUGGUGUAAGCCUAAUUCCCUUUCAUUGUCCCAGACGACAUAGUGGCAGAUGUGAACGUUGCUCCUGAUUCCUCCAGCCGUCCUUCUUCGUCGGUUGCUCCUGAGAAGAAUUUUGCAGAAUAG